GCCAAGCCGUGGCUGACCGAGUUACCGCACGAGCGGGGUUUGUGCCGCACGCUAACCACCCAGCCCCAGUUCGCCAGCCACGUGGGCUGAGUUCACACACACACACCGUGCGCGAAGCCCAAACCGAAGCACCCUCUGGGGGAGCGGAAGGCAGUCCCCCGCUCAGAGGUGCCAUGACUUUCCAGUGGAGCGCUGUGGCCGGGUUUCUUUACGGCGAAAUCGCCCUACUGCUCUUGCUCUGCGUGCCGCUCAUUUCGCCGGUGAGAUGGAAUAAGAUUUUUAUUAUCCCCAUAUGGAAUAAAAUUGCAAACUAUUGGAACAAGGCAUUCCUUACUAUUAUAGUUAUAUUAAUUGUUUUAUUUCUUGAUGCAGUAAGAGAAGUUAGGAAGUACUCAAAUGUUCAUUUAAAUGAAGACUCCACACAUUCUUCGUCCCACAGUGCAUUUGAUCACAUUCAUAUGAAACUUUUUAGAUCACAACGAAAUCUUUAUAUAUCAGGAUUUUCCCUUUUUCUUUGGCUUGUACUGAGACGUACUGUUUCCCUUAUCACUUUAUUGGCAAAAGAGAUGGAAGCUGAGGUUGCUCUGAAAACGGAAGUAGCAAACAGCAAUGAAGUUGCCCGGAAGUGCUUGGAAGAGAACGAAAAACUGCAGCAAUCAUUGAAGAAAAUUAAAAAUUCUGGUGAACAUUCGUCUGGGGUAACAAAUGAAAAGCUAGUCCAAGAAGUGCAACAGUUAAAAGCAGAAUUAAAGAAAAGUACAGAAGCUCUCCAAAAAACAGCAAAUGAAAUUACUGCCGUUAAGAGGCAGUCUGAAGAGCUUAAAAAAGAAUAUGAUCUCCUUUUAAAAGAACAUGAAAAACUACAGCACCAAACAAAUGAAGAUGCUAAUAAGAAAGACCGUUAAAGCAUAGCAAGGACGUCUGCAUCAAACUGAAUUGUUUGUUUGCUUUGGUUUUAAUUUACAGGUAUAUAUGGAAAAACUUUUUUUUAAGAGAAAUUUACUGCAUUCAUUGCUGAACACCACGAUUUAACAUUUGCCAGAUAAUUUUGUUUUGCAGCAAUGUUUUUGCUAAAUCUACUUGAGCCAUGCCGAAAGGGCAAUGAUUCCGUGUCACAAACUCUGGUUACAAAAUACAGAUGAGUUCAUAUGGUGGAUUGCUGUUCACGUCUACACCUCUUUGGGUGCGAGGAAUGAUUGAUUUCUUUGCAUCUAAUCCAAUAAGUGGUAUAUUGAAAACACUGGGUUAUCAUUUUAAUUGUCCAAGGAUGAUAUAAAUCAUUUACAUUUUUAAAUGUUCUUACCCUCUGAAACUAAAAAAAAGAGGGUUUAAAUACUAAGUGUUGCUUCAAUGUGGAAAGUGCUUUAUACAUUACUUGAAGCAUAAAAGUGUGAUGAAUUAAUCCACCUUGCUAGGAGUGAUCAAGAAUGUCAUCAAAUUUGGUCAGUUUAACAAUUAGCAUAGUGAUGUUACUUACAUAACCAUACGGGUGAAAUUAGACAAUCGGUAAAAAUACUGAAAUUGGUUCAAAGCAUCCUUGCCCAGCCAGGUGUCUUCCAGGUAUGCCGAGACCACAGUUCCUCAGAUUACCAGCUGAUACAACCAUUUUGGGAGUUCCUGUCCAAACACAUCUGGUGGAUGUCAGAUUGGAGAAGGAUGUUUGAUCACUGUGUACUUUGUUUUUUUAUAUUGGAAGAGAUACAUAAGUUUUAUUCCAGUCUGUAAUUUUUCACUUACAUCUGUUGAAGAGUUUGCAUAGGUAUUUGCCAGUAUCUCCUGUUUUACAAUGGAUGAUGCUUUUGAAAAGCAUGUAUGCAAUGUUUACCAAGCUGUGCAUUUUCUGUGAUUAAUUAUACCAUACUUAUGGUAGGUUGGAUUCAGGCAUGUUCCUCCAAAAACAUGGAACCCGGAUACAGCAGAGGCUUUACAUUAAAGAGAAGGGAGCAGUCCCUAGUACCACUUCUGAUGCCUCUACAGAGGAUCCCUUAACUUUCCUGAGCAGCUUUACAAAGGGAGUUUGGAAAAGAAAUUGAUGAAAGGUGUUUUCUCAUUCCCUUCCACUAUCAGAGUGGAACUCUGCUGAAUGCAAGCCUGAAUCCAGCUCAUUGCAUUCAUUAUUUCCAUCUGAAUGGGUUGCCUUUUCCACAUUUGUGUCACUGUUUUAUUUGAAUGUUCAUUUCUUAAUAAAGAGACGUUUGAGCUCUG